UACGCUAUAAAAAAAAAUGAGGUUGAUAGAGGCUUCGAAGCUUCACGUUGAUGGGCCAGUGGGAAUGAAUCUCGGGAGAAUGACGUCGGAUUCCGGGGACAUGAGUCAGAUCACGGUGACGAGGAGAAGAACCAAAGUCCGGCGGCUGAAGUACACGUGUCGAACGAAGAAAACAUCAUCGGAGGAGGAGGAUGUUGGUGAUUUGGUGAAGGUGUCAUUGUCUGUGUCUUCUUCGGAGAAAGAAGAGGGGGUAUUGUCGUACGGUUCGGUUUCUGUUAUAGGGAGGAGGAAAGAGAUGGAAGAUGCGGUGAGAGCUGAACUAGGAUUUAUGAACAAAAAAGGUGGCGGUGGAGGUGGUGUUGGAGGAAAGUACGAUUUUUUCGGAGUGUACGAUGGGCAUGGAGGGUGCCACGUGGCGAGGGCUUGUAGUGAAAGGUUGCAUGGGAUUUUGGUGGAGGAGGGUGAGAGUAGCAGUGGAGAGUUAGAAGGGUUAUCGGAGUAUAAUUGGGAGAGAGUGAUGGAAGCGUGUUUUGGUAAAAUGGAUGAGGAGGUGGUGAGUGUUGGUGGUGGUGGUGUGGGGAGGUCGGUGGGGUCCACGGCGGUUGUGGCGGUGGUGGGAAGGGAGGAGCUUGUGGUUGCUAACUGUGGGGAUUGUAGGGCUGUCUUGUUUAGUGGUGGUGUCGCUUUGGCCUUGUCUCGUGAUCAUAAGCCUGACAGACCAGAUGAGUUGAAGAGAAUUGAAGCCGCUGGUGGAAAGGUCAUAAACUGGAAUGGAAAUCGCGUUCUAGGAGUUCUUACCACUUCUAGAUCAAUAGGUGAUCACUACCUCAGACCCUAUGUGAUAUCCAAGCCAGAAGUCACAGUGACCAAACGAAGCAAUAAUGAUGAAUUCCUUAUCCUAGCCAGUGAUGGCUUGUGGGACGUUAUAUCAAAUGAAGUUGCAUGCCAGAUUGUGAAGAGAUGUCUUGAAGGAAGACUGAGGAGGAAAUCCCUGGAAGUGGAAGUUGAGAAUGAGAGUCGCGCUGCCGAGGCUGCAGCAGUGUUAACUGAGCUGGCAAUGGCUCGGGGGAGCAAAGAUAAUAUCAGUGUGAUAGUAGUUGAGCUAAGGAAACCCAGAGGUUUUUCCAGUUUAUAAUAUUUACUCGUGGUUAACAAUGCUUUUAAACUCUGCUGCCUAGCUUUGGGAACUAGCUAUUUUUCACUCAUCUCUCCAAGCAUUAAGAUGCAUGUAAGAAAGGGAACUCUUUCUCCCACGUUUGUUUUUUUUAUUAUUUAUUUUUAUAUUUUUGUGUAUGGUAAAAUUAUCAUAUAAUUUUGUUUUCUUAAAAAAAGAAAAUGAAGAAUUACUUGGUUAUGUUAAGUAUCUGUAACACUGUGAUGGGCUU